AUGGAUACCGAACGUUUCGACACUUCCGUUCCUCUCUGGAUCCUACAUGUGGAUGGGUCGGCAAACCAGCAAGGCUGUGGUGCCGACUUGGUGUUAACCACGCCGGACGGUAGCAAAAUCGAGUAUGCCCUCCGAUUCAACUUCCGGACCUCCAAUAACGAGGCAGAAUAUGAGGCCCUCUUGGCCGGCCUUCGGCUGGCCAAGAGCAUGAGCGCGAGGCAGAUCAGCAUUCACAGUGACUCCCAGCUCAUAAUGAAUCAGAUAACGGCAGACUUCGCAGCGAAGGAUGCCUCCAUGUCACCCUACCUAUCGGCAGCUCACCAACUACUACAAAAAUUCCAGGCCUAUGAGAUACGGCAGAUCCCCAGGUCGGAAAACAGCCACGCCGACGCGCUCUCACGAUUGGCUUCGGCAAUAAAUGACAAGGUCGGAAGGAAGGUACCGGUGGAGAUAUUAUCCCAACCGAGCACAACCACGGCUGAUGUGUGUACCAUACGGUAUGAAGACACAUGGAUGUCUCCAAUCUAUGCCUUCCUGACAACCGAAACCCUUCCUACCGAUAAGUCCCAAGCUCGGAAACUCCGUUACCGAUCGGCAAGAUACACAGUCAUCAACGACGUUCUGUACAAGCGAGGCUACACAACGCCGUAUUUAAAAUGCCUGACCAAGGAGCAGGGGGACUAUAUCCUUCGGGAGGUCCACAGUGGAAUCUGCGGUGACCACUCUGGGUCCCGAUCGCUCGCGCACAAAGUCUUCCGACAGGGGUAUUUCUGGCCAACUCUGCACCAAGACGCGAACACAUUAGUCAGAAAGUGUGACAAAUGCCAGCGGUUCGGUAUUGUCCCUCAUAUUCCUGCCGAGCCGCUGUCACCGAUCGUGAGCCCGUGGCCGUUCGCCCAAUGGGGAUUAGAUCUAAUUGGUCCAAUGCCAGAGGGCAAGGGUCAGGUUAAAUAUGUCGUUGUUGCCGUAGACUACUUCACUAAAUGGGUCGAAGCCAAAGCCUUAGCAACGAUAACGGCAACCAGGAUCGAAGAUUUCAUCUGGACGAACAUUUGUUGCCGAUUCGGCAUCCCCUAUGCCAUCGUCACAGACAACGGCAGACAAUUUGACUUGGAAGUCUUCCGAGAAUUCUGCACCCGACUCAAGAUCAACCUGUUCUUUGCUUCGUCAGCGCACCCCCAAUCGAACGGACAGGUCGAAGCCAUGAAUAAAAUUGUCAAGAAGCUGUUGAAACGGCAGCUUGACAAAGCCAAAGGAGCCUGGCCGGAAAAGCUUCCAGAGGCGUUAUGGGCCAUCCGGACAUCCUACCGAACGGCAACUGGGGAAACACCAUUCUCCAUGGCUUUCGGUUCAGAGGCGGUAGUCCCAGUAGAAAUCGGAGAGCCUUCCGCUCGAAGAACGCCGAGCACAAGCCAACCUUCGGAACGAAGCUUACAAGCAACGUGUCUCUCGGUACUAGGACUCCAGGGUCAGAUCCCGCUCCUUCCGAAUCGGAGAUUGGGUAAUGCGGAAAGUCUCUUUGGCAACCAAGAAUCCCACGGAAGGAACCCUCGGACCUUCCUGGGAGGGACCCUACGAAAUCAUUGGUAUCCAGCGAUCGGGGACUUAUCGACUCAGAGACUCCAACGGAAAGACCCUCGGUCAUCCUUGGAAUGUAGAGCAUUUGAAGUACUAUUUCAAAUGAAGUCACCUAGCCUACGGCAGGGUUACGGAGGAGGCCCAAAAGCCUUCGGCCUCUCUACGAACACAGCCUUCGGCAUUAUAGCGUUUCCUAGCCAACGGAGGGUUCUAAAUUGUAAAACGCACCCCAAAUUGUACCUUUGCCUUCGGUAA